AUGACAAUACCGAAUGAAGAGAUGGGUCGUAAUGCCAUCCUCAACAUUUAUACUCAACCAGUUACAGUUACCAACAACCCAAGAGCAAAAUUCCCUAAAACGUCUAGAUUUUUUGAUAAUUCAUCAUUGCCAGACUUGAAAACGUUUGAGUUAAUUAGGCAGAAUAGGCGGGUACUUUUCAACAGUCAACUGACAAAUUUCAACUACAACCCAUUUAGUGUACCUCAACAGAAACUUAAAGCUAGUAUACCAUUGGAUUAUGGGCAUUUGCCAAACAAGAUCACUGUUGCUCCAGAAACUUCUGAAAGUAAUUCUAAUGAAAUUCCCUGUUACUUGUUGAAUGAAAGCCAAAUUGCCGAUCCAAUAUCGUUUAUUGAUGGACUUCUGGUACUUGGUAAGAAAUAUGGUGCAGUUAAAGUAAAGCUUCCGGCUUCAGACACAGAACUAUUCCAAUCCACAAUUCAAAUCAAUUCUGAUUUAUUUUGGUUCCAAACAAAUAAACUAUUAAACAAUCCCCCAGAAGAUGAAAUUUAUAUGAGAUUAAAGUUUCACCAUGACUUGAUUGAGUUCCAUCAAAGUGAUGAGUUUGCAAAAUACGAAGAACACGAAGGUAAAAAGUCAAAUGGUAGUGGCUCAACGGGAUCUUCAAACUCUUCUACAACCACAUCCACGUCAUCUCAAAUCAACAAACUUCCAAUGAUUGAUAAACGUCCGUUAGACUUGUAUAAACUAUUUCAAUCGGUGACAAUCCGUGGCGGAUUCAUGGAAGUUAUCAAUAGAAAACUUUGGGCACAAAUAGGUAGAGAGUUGGGUUACAAGGGUAAAAUCAUGACAAGUUUAAGUAGUUCAUUGAAAUCAUCCUACCAGAAAAUACUUUAUCCUUAUGAGCAAUAUCUCAUUGCCAAGAAAAACCAGAAUAAUUCUUCUGGUGAACUGACUGAACCAUCAGUAGUUGAACUGGAGCACUCAAAUGGCAAGAGAACCUUGCAAGAAGAUGGGUCAACGCCAAAUAAAAAAAUAAAACUUGAAAAUUCUAAUACUCCACCAUUGAUUAUUGGUUCAGCCAAGGACUUUAGAAGGUCAGUUAAGUCAAAGAUGUCUAAAGGUUGCCUUCUUAAUACACCAUAUGCUAUUGAUGUUAAGCAGCCAAAUGUAUUUACUGUUAAGGUUGAUGACAAAAAGAGAAGAAGACAAAAUGACAAAGUAGAUGUCCUGAUUUUACCACAAACAGAGCUAGAUACUGCGCUCUGCUACAUGGAUAACACACAAGAUGAGUCAAGAUUAAAGGCACCACCUAAAAUUGCAUCUGUUUACACAUUGAGACAAUUCAUGGAAAAAGAUAUUAAAUUUCAAGAAUUCUUGCUUCUGGCUAAUCCUGAAUGCUUUGAGCACGAUUCAGGAGAUGGUACAUUCAUUUCGGUGGAUGGGAUUGAAAAAUUAUAUUGGAAAUACAUAAACAACAAAGAUACUGGAGCACUUCUACAAGGUGGCUUAGAACUAGAAAUGGGUAAAGAUAUUCCAAAUUAUGUUAAUGGAUCUGGGUUUGUCAGAAUGGGAGAUGACUUGAUCAAUUUCAGAAAUUGCUUGAAUAGUGAACAUUUAAAUUUAUCCCAUUCCAAACUGUUUGCAAUUGCUUCAAAUAGUACCGGCACCAAUAAGCCUAGUUAUUUUUUCCCUCACAUGAAUGCUGAGCUGAAGCGUUAUAAUGAAAGUAAGUUUAUUAAAAAGUUAACGCGAUCAGCAUUGCAUCCUUGGAAUUUGCAUAAUUUGCCGAUUUUGCCAAAUACUGUUUUAGGAGCAUUGAAUGAGGACGACCUCAAUGACCUUGAUAUUAACGAAUCAAGAUUAAACAUUGGUAUGACAUUCACUACUGAAAAUUGGACUUGUGAAGAUCACUUCACUAAUUUGGUUAAUUAUCAAUUUUUUGGAGCUACUAAAAAGUGGUAUUUCAUCCCCGAACUGGAAUUUGAAAAAUUUGAAAAAUUGAUCACCGAAGUGAAUAACCUCAACCGAGACAGGUCAAAUAUCAAUAAUAAAAAACAAGUGGAUAUUGAAAAAGUGUUGACAUAUUUGAAGAAACUGGAUGAUGAUGUUGAAUAUGAUAUUGUGCUUAAAACACUAGAUAAUUUGAUAAACACAGGUGGUGAUAUACGAUUGCCUUAUUCAAAUGAAAAAUUGGCCAAAUUUGUUGACAACAAGGACGGUUUUAAAUAUAAUCAAGAAUUUAUGAUUAGUCCAGAAUUACUUGAUGAGUAUGGCAUUAAAUACACCACAACGAUACAACAUCCUGGUGAAUAUAUCAUCAAAUUUCCAAAAUCAUACUCUUCCACUAUUUCAUUUGGAUUCAAUUUAUGUGAAGAAGUUAAUUUGGCUACUAAUUCAUGGUUGAACUAUUCUAUUGAAGGAGAAAAAUGGUUAGCUAAACAAAAUAUCAUUCCUGGUUUCCUGACAUUUAAGUUAUUGGUUAAUCUUGCCGUAAUAUAUGAUAGUGGAUCUAAUUUGUUGUUCAAUUCUGAAAUUUUUGCCAAGGCACAUACAAUGUAUGAUCAAUUAUACCAAGAGGAGAUUGCAUUGAGAAACGAAGUUAGGAAACUAAAGAUCAAGGAAGUCAUUAUUGAUGAAGAUUCAAAUAGUGUUUCUGAUGAUACAUUGGUCAAUGUUUACCCAAGUAGAAUUUUAGUAACUGAUUCUAAAACGAAGCAAUCAAUUAUGUUAUCAUUGCAAGAUUAUUUGGAAUAUAAUAAAAAAGACACCGAAAAUGGAACUUUAAAGCAGCAUCAAAUUGAGCUUCAGUUAUAUCACUCCGAUGAGAAGUUAAAGAGUUUUUCCAGAAUCUUGAAUAGCUAUUCGGUGGAAUUCGAGCAUUGGAUGAAGAAUUAUGAAGACCUUAUGAAAGAAAAUUCCGACAUCUUGCUAAGGACGUACAAGACAUUGUUGAAUGAAGGUGAGAAGAUAUACUCCUCAAUAUCGUCAUCUGCAGUAAAAAAUGAUGGAGUUGAUCAAACUAAAUUUUGUUUGUUUAAAGAUUAUAUUGAAAAUUUGCGGUCUUUUAUUGAUACUGCCAAUCAAUUUGUCGAUGAAUGCCAAAAUUUGUUAGCUAUCAAACACCAGCAAAGAAUUAGAAACGGCAAUGAAUCUUCUCGCGAGAAAUCAUAUUCCUACAAUGAUUUAUUAGAACUUGUAUCACGAGUUCCUAGAUUGAACUUUAUGUGUCCUGAGAUUGAACAAAUCGUUGAAUUCAAGAAUGAAAUUGACAAUUUUGAUAAAGCAAGCAGGUUAUUGUUGUCUAAGAAAAACAGGUCAUUGCAAGAAUUUAAUGACUUGAUUAGUUUGGGUGAAAGUUUUGGUUUGGAAAUUCCAUCUUUAGAUUUCAUAAUUAGAAUCAGUAAUAGAUUAAAAUGGCUUCGAACGUUUGCGUUAAUUGAAAAGGGUGUUGAUCCAUAUGGUGAUAAGAAGGAAGUGUUCACUAUUGAUGAUCUAAGAGAAUUUUUCCAAGAAGGUUUGAAAAUUUUAUCAAAGUCUGACAUUGAUACAAUUAAAAUAGUCGAAGAAAUAUUAAAUGAAAGUAAUGCCUUCAACUUUGAAACAGAGAAAUUCUUGAAAUAUGAAUAUGCUCAUGAUUUGGAUUUGGAUAGAUUAGAAGAACUUGCAAAGAGAUUUAGUACUGAACAGUUAUUUCUUUCUAUGGAUAACUAUCUACAAUUGUCAAAGCUUCACGCUAACUUGAAAAUUAUUAGACAAUUUAAAGAAUUGCAAGAUGCGCCUUACCAUGAAGUUAAACAAUUAUACAGCUCUAUAUUAGAGAGUGGUUUGAAGUUUAAGACAGAUUCACUAUUGGAAAGAUUGUCGGCAACUGAAUCUUGGGUCGAUUCUACUUGCAAUAGAAUUUCAAGUUCCAAAUUAGUUACUACUUUGAAUAAAGAUGUUGACUUGGACCAUUUGAAUCCAAAACUUACAAUGAAUACCAAACUUGUGGAGAAACUAUUGCAGAUACUUUACAAAUCAGAGUUUAGUUUGUCAGAUGACGAUAAAUAUGAAGAUUCUUCGUCAUUUUUGGCACUUUUUGCUCCAGAGGAUUAUGAAGUUACAUCUAAAUACUAUUGUAUUUGUCGAGAAUACGAAUAUGGUACUAUGGUGGAAUGUGACAGAUGUAAAGAAUGGUAUCAUGUGCAAUGUGUCAAAGAAGUUUCAAACCCUGAUGGUGAGAAAUACACCUGUCCAACUUGUCAUUUGAUUGGAGAACGAGUUACAAAGGAUGGGAUUGUGGGUAAACAAAUUACUUUCCAUGAUUUGAAAGAAAUAUACAGUCAAGGCAAAACGUUGACAACUUAUCCUGUUAAUGAAUUGGCAAUUAUGAAAGACUUGAUUACAGCACUUGAUGGUUACCAUAAGAAAAUACAAGAAAUGAUUUAUGUUGCAACAGGAGAAAGUAAUAUUGAGAAGAAAUUAGACGUUUUAAGGUUCAUUUUACGUAAAUUGUAUGCUUCUGGUGUAUUAUUGGAAGAUUUAUGGUUACAUGUAUUAGAUUUGAUUAAAGAAUUUGAAGAGAUAAUAAAAGAAGCUAAACGUUUGGAACUAAUCAUGCAUCCAGUUUACGAAGGUGUGGAAGCACCUGUUCAGAAAAUUGAAGGAGUCAGUGAUUUAGAAGUUGUACCAAGUUCCCAAAGCGUUGAACAUGAAGCUGUCGUUGUAUCUCAAAAUCACGACGAUGAAAUGAAUGAAAUCAAACCUGAGAUUAAAUCUGAACCUCCUGUCGAAAAAAUUGACGUUGUUCCAAGUUCAGAAAAAGUAGUUUCAAGUGACAACUCCGCCAUAAAUGGAAACGAAACAAACAAAGAUCCAAUUUUGAAAAUAGAAAAAGGUAUUUCUGAUAAUAUUGAACCGGCAAAACCCGAAUUGAUGCAAGAAAAUGGACAUCAUAAUUCACAAGAAGAACCAAAAGAAUCUGAUACUUGCGAUGCAAAAGUUGAACUUAAAGUUGAAGUACCAAUACAGGAAGCUAAUGGUAUAACUUCACCUGAUGAUCAUAGUAUUUCCGUUAAAGAGGAAUAA